AUGAGCGCAGAGAAGCAGCAAAUAAUCAAGUCCCAGACGUUAGAACUCCUCCACGCGGGUAUAGCCCGCGAGAUCAAAUACACUACCUGGCUGUCCAACGUCGUUCUAGUCAAAAAGUCAAGUGGCAAGUGGCGAAUGUGCGUCGACUACACCGAUCUGAACAAAGCCUGUCCAAAGGGACCCUUCCCCCUGCCUUGCAUUGAUGCCUUGGUGGACAACUCCUCUGGAUACGAGUACCUAUCAUUAAUGGACGCCUACUCAGGAUACAAUCAGAUCCCGAUGUUCCAGAAAGACGAAGACAAGACAACUUUUGUUACCGACCAAGGCACCUACUGCUACACCAUGCUGCCUUUUGGAUUAAAGAACGUUGUGGCCACGUAUCAACGCAUGAUGACAAAAAUCUUUGGUCAUCUCAUGGGGAAAUCGGUAGAGGUCUACAUAGACGACGUGAUAGUAAAAACUCCCAAGGGGGGCGACCAUGUGGCCGACUUAGCAGAAGUGUUUGAACAACUCCACAAGCACAACAUGCGUCUCAACCCCGAGAAGUGCACUUUCGGAGUUCGGAGUGGCAAAUUCCUAGGCUACAUGUUGACCGACCAAGGAAUUGAGUUGAACCCUGACAAAUGUGAAGCAAUAAAAAACAUGAAGAGCCCCAGGACAGUUAAAGAAGUACAACAACUGGCAGGAAGAAUGGCCGCUCUCGGCCGUUUCCUGCCCAAAGGGGCCCUCAGAGCCCUACCGUUUUACGCUCUGCUGCGGAAAGGAGCAAAUUUCGAAUGGACGGAGGAGGCGGAGACAACCUUCGACCAACUGAAGGAGGCCCUCUCUUCUCCUCCCGUCUUGUCCAGCCCGAAGCCGGGAGACAACCUCUAUCUAUACCUUGCGGUUCGAGAGAAUGCAAUCAGCUCUGUCCUGGUACGAGAGGAAGCUGGUCUUCAGCAACCAGUCUACUUUGUAAGUAGGGCCCUUAAAAGCGCAGAAAUCAGGUAUCAGAUGCUGGAAAAGGUUGCCCUGACCCUCUUAACAACCGCGUGUCGGCUCAGAAGGUAUUUUCAGGCCCACAACGUAACUGUUCGAACCAAUCAACCGAUACGACAGGUUCUGCACAAGCCCGACCUUGCCGGAAGAAUGGUGGGGUGGUCGAUUGAACUCUCAGAGCAUGACAUCCGCUAUGAGCCACGACACUCGAUAAAAGCACAAGUCCUUGCCGACUUCGUGGUGGAAAUGACCGACGAGGAGUGCCCGCCCCCAGAAGUCACUUGGACCGUCCACGCGGACGGUUCCAGUAAUAAAAAAGGGGGCGGGGCCGGCAUUGUCUUCCAGAGCAACACAGGAAUGAUCGUAGAACAGUCACUCCGCUUCAACUUCCCAGUCACUAACAACCAAGCCGAGUACGAAGCUUGUAUUGCGGGGCUCCUAACCGCGCAGAACCUGGGGGCCAAGAACAUCCUAGUCUGCUGCGACUCCCUCCUAAUCGUCACCCAGGCCAAUGGGGAAGCACAAACAAGAGACCCCACCCUAGAGCUUUACCUAGCACGACUCAAACUCCUGGCAGCAGCUUUUGACAGCGUCGAAUUUCGCCACGUCCCGAGGGCCCAGAACGAGCGGGCGGACAUCCUGGCUAAGCUAGCCAGCGCGGCCAAACCAGGCCUCAACAAGACGGUAAUCCAAGGGACCCUCACUCAGCCCAGCAUCGGGACCCCUCUGGGGAUUCACUUGAACCUGAUCCUGCAAAUCCUAAGCACAGAAGAUUGGAUGACCCCGAUCAUCAAACACGUUUCUAUCGGUUGGCUUCCGAAAGACAAGAAGGAGGCCAAGAAGCUAGUCAGGUGCUCAGCAUGGUACUCGCUUAUUAACGGAACUCUUUUUAAAAGGGGAUACUCAACUCCCCUACUGAAGUGCUUGUCGAGAGAGAAGGCAGACUACGUCUUAGCUGAAAUUCAUGAGGGAAGCUGCGGUCACCAUCCCGGGGGCCGCUCACUGGCAAGAAAGACCCUAAGAGCAGGCUACUUUUGGCCGACCUUGGAAAAAGACGCCAUCAAGCACGUCAAACAACGUGGCUCCUGCCAAAGGCAUGCCGACCUCCACAAGGCCCCCCCAGAAAAACUCAGCGGCCUCAUCUGCCCAUGGCCAUUCCAUCAAUGGGGGAUGGACCUGCUAGGCCCUUUUAACAACUCCCAGGGAAAGCUCCGGUUCUUAAUCGUAGCAGUAGACUAUUUCACCAAGUGGAUUGAAGCCGAACCACUAGCUACCAUCUCCUCGGCCAAAAUCCAGAGAUUUUUCUACAAGAACGUCAUAAGCCGCUUUGGCGUCCCAAGAGUCCUUGUCACCGACAAUGGGAAAGGGAGACGCUCCUUCAGUUGCCUAUGCUUGUUCGAGGAAAUGUCUUUUAUUAUAGUUCAAAAUAUAACAGCUUGUAAAGAACAAUUAUGA